UGCAGUGUCGCCUGGAAAUUGACACCGACAAGAUCAUUGUAGAAUUUUGAGUUCCUGUCGCCAUGAAGGUCUACGAAACAAGGCGUAGGCUAACGACCCAUGUGCUCGUGGCAGUCGUUCUCCAUGUGUGUGUGGUCGUAGCGGCUCCUGGAGGACAGAUUGCAGACGACCUGGGCGCAGGCGGGGACGACACUCUGGGGCCAGGGCACGACGACCUCACAGCGCUGACGGCGGACGACCUCGGGGAGACUCAGCGAAUGCGAGAUGAUAAGUUGUUCAUCGCCCUGGUUCAGAUCCAGCCCGACCAGUGCACAACGAAGGACGGCUUCAGCACCCUGGGGACCUGCAUGCCUGCCAAGGAGUGCACCAGCACCGGGGGAACGGCGUCGGGGACCUGCGCGAAGGGCCUUGGAGUCUGCUGUCUGGUGAAGAAGAGAUGCUCCUCCACCUCGAAGUUCAACAACACCUACUUCGUCAACCCAACUGACGACACAACCCUGGGCGCCUGUACCCUCACCAUCAACCGAAUGAACGCCAACAUCUGCCAACUUCGCCUGGACUUCAUUUACUUCGAUCUCUCACAACCCGACGCAACAGGACAAUGCUCUGUGGAUUUCUUCACUGUGCAGGGGACGCCGACGAUGGUCUGCGGAAGCAAUACGGGUCAACACAUGUACGUGAAUGUGGAUCCCAACGGAGGCGCGAUCAAGAUGUCAGUGGACCGGAGCGCAGUGGCACCCAUGAACCGCCUGUGGAACAUCAAAGUGGCGCAAAUUGAAUGCAAUUCUCGGUUCAAAGCACCAAAAGGCUGCCUUCAGUACUUCACGGAGACCUCUGGAAGUGUGUCCAGCUUCAACUAUGACACGGUGCUUGUCAACGGCACCCGUCAGAUCCGGAACAUGGAAUACGGGGUGUGCCUCCUGCCUCCAGACGGCUACUGUGGCAUCAUCUGGGAGAAAGAUCCCACCAGCAUCUACUCCUUCACGGUCUCGAGCGCGCUGGAUGCCCUGGACCCGAAUCUUAUAGGCACCACCUACGCCGUCAGCAGAAACUGCACCACAGACUACGUCAUCAUUCCCGGCGGCGUCGAGGACACGGGGCUCCAGAAUGGUCGCUUUUGUGGCCUCGGCUUCCCCAGCAGCGUGAUGUCCUAUGCCAUGCCUUACGUACUGUACGUGAGAACGAACGGGGAUGAAACAGGUGACACGCUGAACAGGGGCUUCAAGCUGAACUACAGGCUGACAACCGUCUGUACUUAAUCUCCGUGGCAUGAAUGGGAGAGAUGAUAAAAGAACAGAUAGACAAAAGCACUUGAAACAGGAAGUGUGGGAAAAGAAGGAAAAAAUAAUCUUUUGUUUUUGUUUUUCUUGUUUACUUUUUGGUUGAUAUAUUUUUUUUUACAUAUAUAUGUUGUUUGUUUGCUUACGUUGCUUAUUAUUAGUACUUGGUAUUUUUCACAUUUGCUCUGAUUGCUAAUUUCAGAAGGUAUGAUAUUAGUUAAACCUUUGUUUAAUAAAAGUAAAUAAUAAUAUUUAAUAUUUAAUUUUCUUUGGAAAACAUGGCCCAUUUAUGUUGUUUUGAAAGAUUACUUACCAUUUGGUAAAAUAAUCUCAUUCUCCGUUUUCUUUAUUUCUAAUAUAUGUUUUUUCUGUUAAUUGUUAGAAUAAAGUACUUGUUUCUGUAUUUAUUUAUUGUUGAACAAUAUUAGUUAUAUAUGAAACUUUA